UGGGGCCCAAGGGGCCGGAUUGGGAUGUGCGCAGAGAGCACCGCUGACGGUUUCCUUAUGGGUUGGGUGUGGGUUGAGAGAGAAAGGGUUUGGGCCUGAGCUACGGGCACCGCAGAGUUGCAACUGUCAGUGUGGGAGGAUCACGCGGAGCUGCGGAGGGGACAGGUUUUAGGGUGACAAGAGGAGGAACCAGCGAAGGAGACCUCAGCAGAGCUGGCCUGGCCGGGAGGUGGGAGGAGAGCCGGGAGCGCCUGGAAGCCUCGUGCAGCCGCUGUUUCAAGGAGGAGGGAGGAAGGACCGGGUCCUGUGCUGGUGAGAGGACAGCUGUGAGUGAUGGAGGGCCGGAUGUUGGACUGGGCGACGCGGAGGGUGACCGUGGGCACAGGUGACCUUGACAGAGCCACUUUGGGAUGGCAGAGAAUGCCUGGCAAGAGUGGGGGCCAUCGAGGAUGUCAGGCCGCUCUCCACCCUCUCAGCAGCUAUGCCAAACUUGUGCCCCAAGAACAUGUGCACCAAACUGGCACGUGUCUUGCACUUGCAGCCUCUGCCCUGCUCCCCCCACACCUGGCCCAGGGAGAAGGAGGGUCUCUCCUCAGCCCUAUUCCGACUCACCUCCCCAAAGCUCUGCUCCGAGCACCCUCCCCCCUGGGGCCCCACUGCCUUCCCCACACUGGCAGUUUCCAUCAUUCUAUGUUGUCCCAUCUUUCAAAAUGUCCCCUUUGAGCAUAUUUCUUUUUUCACCAAAGUUCACAAUUUCCUUUCUCUGCCAACUUUUAAAAAAUAGUGUGCAUGGGAUCCCCUCGUGGGCUCAUGACCUAGUGAGGGGCACACUGGGAGGGCAGCACGGGGUGCAGGUGCUGUCCCCAAGCCCAUUUUCCCAAGUGGCCCCUUUCGGACAGGAGAUGUAUAGAAGAGACACCACAAGGCAGAGCCUGGGUGCAGUCCGGCCCCCUCGCCCUGGGUCACGGCCUCCUUUGCCCGUUGCAUUCCGACUUUGCUUCCCCCUCUGCAUUGAAAACAUCCAGAAAGAUGCUUCCUGGGUCCCUCUUGCACUCUCACACGGAAUGGCCAGGGAGGGCGCAGCCCUCCAAAUAAAGAAGGCUGCACAGAAGGGUGUCUCCCCAGGACACCCCGACAGAGACCAGACCCGCCCACCUCGGUCACAGCCCAAACCGGACUGGAUCUGGCCGGAGCAGUUUGUAAAAAUGCGAGGGUCAGGGGUAAGAGGUUCAGAACGAAGGCUGUUAUUAGGACAAAGGAGGUGGAGGAUGGGUGGACAUCCAGGGGGAACUAAGACCCGGGCAGGACUGACAGUUUGCACCAAAGAAAGAGGCUGAGUGGCUUCUCUGGGCCAGGCUGAGAGAUUCAGAACCAAGCCCUGGCCCUGAGUCCCAGGUGCCCCAUCCUCGAAUGUGCCACAGAGGAAUCAACUAGAGUUGCCUGUCCAGCGCCCUGGUCCCAGCCCCAUGACCCACACAGCCCAAAUCGGGGCCCCUUCCCUGCUCACCUCCUCCCCUUCCCUGGAGGAGGCCUGGCUGCGCACAGCACACUGCACCCCCAGCUCCAGUCGGGAGAGCAGCGUUGAAUAUUCAGUAUCUGGGGAGACAAUAAAAGUCCCAGGAAGAACCUGGCUAAGGCAAUUACCUCUGCAUAAAUGCAUAUAUUAUUUAUCCAUGGCUUUGAAUAUAUAAAUAAUACUGAUACAAUUUGCAUGCGUUAAAAGGAGAUGUAAUUACCCACUGAUGCCUGUGAGCGCCUGGUACCCACUGGCCACAUCCCUGGCCUGCCACUCGGCCCCCAGCAGCCCACCUUUGCCCUUUCUGGAGGCAGAAUACGUCACAUAUGGGCUUUCUGCAGUUGCGAGGAAGCCCGUCUUUGAUGCCCUUGGGGGUUUGGUUGAACUGUUUUUUUUCAUGAACCUGUGGGCUGUUUUGGCUACCCAACACUAUUCUGAAAACUUUGGGCUAUUUUAAUGUGAUUAUUAUAAUUGUAACUUUUAAAAUCACAUUUUUUAGUUAAAAAAAUAAUGUAUGUUCAUUGCAUA